AUGUCGUCCUUCCAGCCUCCACCAAAACUGUCAGACAAGUACUCUGGCAUCCCGGAGCGCCUUCUCGAAAAGGCGACCGCGAUGAAGCGCGAGGUUGUCGAGCUGUCGACCAGCGAGAUUAUUCCUCGUCCCUCGAACAUCGAGCUGCCUGUCAUCCCUUCGGGAUACUCCCGGCCCCGAUUCAAUCGAGCAAUUGAGUCGAUCCGAACCCUCAUCGGACCUGAGAAUGUCGAAUUGAACGACAAGCCCCUGGAUGAUGGCUGGUACCUUGAGCAUCCCAACACCCACGAUGCGUUCCACUUGGUUGAACAGGAAGAAAUGGUCUCCGCUGCCACCGUGUAUCCGGCAUCGACCGAAGAGGUUGUCCAUAUUGUGAGAUGGGCCAACAAAUUCGAAAUUCCCAUCUAUGCCAUUUCUAUGGGUCGCAACCUCGGUUACGGCGGCGCUGCCGCCCGAGUCCGAGGCAGCGUUAUCGUGGAUCUUGGCAAGCGCAUGACCAAGAUCCUCGACAUCAAUCCCGAUACGUGCACCUGCCUCUUGGAACCUGGUGUUUCUUUCUAUGCCCUCUACGAGGAGAUUCAGCGAAGAGGCCACCAUCAUUUGUGGAUUGAUGUUCCUGAUCUUGGCGGUGGUUCUGUGCUCGGAAACACAGUCGACCGAGGUGUUGGUUAUACGCCUUAUGGAAAUCACUUCGAGUGCCAUUCUGGCAUGGAGGUUGUUUUACCAACCGGCGACGUCAUACGCACUGGCAUGGGAGCACUACCAGGAAACAACACCUGGCAGAUCUUCCCAUAUGGCUUUGGACCGUAUGCCGAUGGCAUCUUCACGCAAUCCAAUUUUGGCAUCGUUACCAAGAUUGGUAUGACACUCAUGCCCAAUCCCGGUGGAUCCGAGGGAUUCAUGUGCACCUUUAAGGAAGAAGAAGAUCUGGCCCAGAUCAUUGAAGUGGUUCGCCCUCUGAGGAUUAGGAAUAUCCUGGAGAAUGUUGCUCAACUCAAGCAUGUGAUUCAAGAAGUUGCUUUGCUCGGCAAGCUUCGAACCCACUGGUACCAGGGCAAGGGACAGAUUCCUCUUAAACGACUCAGGGAGAUCGCCUCGACCCUGCCUUGCGGCGACUGCUCGUGGGUUUAUUACGGUAAUGUCUACGGACCCAAGAAAAACAGAGACGAGAAGCUCAAGAUGAUCCGUGAGGCAUUCGAGACGGUGCCCGGGGCGCGCUGGAUCCCCAGGGACAGUCUACCCAAGGAUCAUUACAUGUUUUCUCGAGAGAAGAUUGCAAGCGGCGUCCCGGAGUUCGAAGAGCUCAGGUGGCUCAACUGGCAUAAGAACGGAUCUCACGUCUUCUUCAGCCCAGUAUCAGCCCCACGAGGCGAGGAUGCUAUGAAGCUGUUCAACAUUGCCAAGAAAUGGCACGACGAGUGCGACCUUGACUCUUUCCCGGCAUGCUGCAUCGGCCUCCGCGAGAUGUACGUCAUUGUCAAUAUGGUGUACGACCGAGGAAACCCGGUCUCCAAGGCCAACGCGUACCGUUGCAUGCGCGGCAUGAUCAAGGAUGCAGCGGAAGCAGGCUUUGGAGAGUACCGCACGCACUUGCUGCUCUCCGACCAGGUUGCUGGAACCUACAGCUGGAACAACAAUGCCUUGAUGAGGUUCCAUGAGUCCAUCAAGGAUACCCUGGACCCCAACGGCAUCCUGGCCCCCGGGAGAAAUGGAAUCUGGCCGAGGAAGUACCGCAACAAGGGGUGGGAGCUCGGCGAGAAUGAUCUAGAACCUCGCACUCAAGGGUUGGACGUUUCGCAUAAGACUAGGGCGGCGAGGGAAGGCGAUUCCAGGUUGUGA